AUGAUGAAUGCUUGGACAUAUGGUGUGGAUACAAUAAGCAAUUUGCCUUGUAAUGUUCUUGAUGGAAUUCUAGGGUGCUUGCCUUGGAAAGAUGCAGUGAAGACCAGUUGUGUUGGUGCACAAACUGACACCCUUGAAAUUGAUGCCGCUAAUCUCAAAUUUUUCAAGUUUUAUGGAAAAUCAAAAUCCAUUUCCUUCAACAACACUCCUAUGCUUGAAAAAGUUAUUGUGUGUUUCACUGGAUUUUUGACUGAUACAUCUCCUUUUUGCUCUAAUCUUACAAAUUUCUUCCAUUACACACCUUCACUGCUAGAACUGCAUCUAUGGGAUUCAACAUUAGAGUACUUGAUCAUGGGUGGUGUACCAGAGAGUCCCCCGACUGCUCUGAACAAUAUCAAAUCUCUCAAGUUUUUUACCAUGUCUUUGCGAAACGUUAAGGAGGUUUCAGAUGUUGUUUACUUGAUUACAAGUUGUCCUAAAUUACAACAUCUUACAAUUGAAUUUGACUCUUCGGGGAUUAAUGUUGAAGGUGUUGUACAAUUUCUACGACCCCAAUCAUUUUUAUACGGUGCGUUGAAGCUUCAAAGAGUUCAAGUGAACAUGUUUAUGAGUCUUGAGAUGGAAAGGGAAUUUAUCAAGUUUAUUUUGGCAUCUACACCUGUACUUGAGGAGAUCUUCUUUUGGAAUUUUGUGUAUCUCGGUGUUCGUUCGGGUAAACAAAUGAUCGAUGAGAUAGAAGAAUUCCGCAGAGCAUCACCUAAUGUUGAUUUUAUAUUUGAAGAAGACGAAUAA